AUGGUUAAAAAAAUGAAAGGUCGACUGGAGAGUAUAAUGGAUGAAGUUGGGAUUGAUGUUGAUGGAUACAUAGAUAGCACAGAAACAGAAACAGAUGAUUCAAGUUUAGGAUACAGAACAAACAGACGACAGGCUCGAUAUCUACAGAAUCAUCUUGACAAUAAAGAAAAUAGCGAGAGUGAGGAAAGUGAAAUCUCUUUACCAAAACGAAAGCAAAUUUUAAGAAAAAAGUCCAACAGAAGAAGAGAUAUCAGUUCUUCAUCGUCUUCGUCUUCCUCAAGUUCUGAUGAAGAAAGCCUUUCAGAGGGUGAAAGAGAAAGGCUAAUGGAACAAAUAGAAGAAAAGAAAAAGCUGAUUUCUAGUAUCAGAUGCAAGCCUUGGCGCAUGGCAAAAAAGCUGCACAUGAUCAAGGAAGCGCAAGACUUUGUUGAGAAAUUUGAAGGAAGCCUGGGAAGAGGAAAAGGGAGAAAACUGUAUGCUUACAAAGUCAUGAUGACCAAGAAAUUGAUGAAGUUUAAAAGGGACUUCGACAAUUUUAAAACUGCAUUAGUUCCUUGGGAAAUGAAAAUAAAAGAAAUUGAAAGUCACUUUGGAUCAUCAGUGGCAUCAUACUUCAUAUUCCUUAGAUGGAUGUAUGGUGUCAACAUUGUCCUUUUAGGACUAGUGGUAGGACUGAUCGUCAUUCCAGAGGUCUUAAUGGGAUUACCGUAUGGAAGUAUUCCUAGAAAGACUGUACCAAGAGGUGAACAGGAAACAGCAAUGAAUUAUGACGUGCUUAGUGAGUUUGGGGGAGUCUUACAAUACUCACCUUUGUUUUAUGGGUACUACAAUAAUCAGAGAACAAUCGGCUUUCUCCAAUACAGACUUCCUCUGGCGUAUUUUCUAGUUGGUGCAGGUGUUUUUGGAUACAGUCUAAUUGUUGUGAUAAGAACAAUGGCAAAAAACAUAAAUGAAAGCACGGCAGAUGGGGAUGAUGACAAUUUUAUAUUCAGCUGGAAAAUGUUCACAAGUUGGGAUUAUCUGAUUGGCAACUCUGAAACUGCAGACAAUAAAUUUGCUUCAAUUACAACCAUCUUUAAGGAAUCCAUUGUGGAUGAACAGGAAAAUACAAAGGAAGAAAAUGUUCACCUAAGACGUUUUCUAAUUGUCCUGGCCAAUGUUUUGAUUCUAAUUUGUCUCGGAGGAAGUGGCUAUCUAAUAUUCUUUGUUGUUAAACGAUCACAGCAAUUUAAAAAGAUGGAUCAAAUAAGCUGGUAUCAGAACAAUGAGAUAGAGAUUGUAAUGUCGCUGCUGUCAAUGUUUUGCCCGCCUCUAUUUGAAACAAUUGCUGUGAUGGAAAAUUAUCAUCCUAGACUGGCAUUAAAAUGGCAGCUUGGCCGAAUAUUUGCUCUGUUUCUUGGAAAUUUGUAUACAUUUUUGCUGGCAUUAAUUGAUGAUGUAAAUGAAAAGAUAGCUGAAGAAGAGAUUAUAAAGAAUCAAACUAAGUGGGUCUUGUUCAACUAUUACAAUGCAUCCUCAGUUAAUGGAAGUACUCCAUCACCUAUGAACCCAGCUGAUGUGCCCCGUGGACCAUGUUGGGAAACAACUGUGGGUCUUGAAUUUGUAAAGCUUACCAUAUCUGACACACAAGUGACUUACAUAACCAUCCUUAUGGGUGAUUUCGGUCGUGCUGUUAUCGUCAGAUUUCUGAACUACUGUUGGUGUUGGGACUUGGAAUACGGUUUUCCAUCCUACGCUGAAUUUGAUAUCAGUGGAAAUGUUCUUGGCCUUAUUUUCAAUCAAGGCAUGAUCUGGAUGGGGGCUUUUUAUGCCCCUGGUUUGAUUGUUGUGAAUGUUCUGCGUCUUCUGUCAUCAAUGUACUUACAGUGCUGGGCUGUAAUGAGCAGCAAUGUCCCCCAUGAACGUGUUUUCAAAGCAUCCAAAUCAAAUAACUUUUAUAUGGGACUUUUGCUGCUUGUUCUCUUCAUGAGUCUCCUUCCUGUUGCAUAUACCAUAAUGUCUCUAUCUCCUUCUUUUGAUUGUGGACCAUUCAGUGGAAAACAAAGAAUGUACGAUGUCAUUCAAGAAACAAUGGAAAAGGAUUUCCCAUCUUUUAUUAGUAACUUAUUUGGUUAUGUGGCCAAUCCAGGAGUUAUAAUAGCAGUUGUUCUUCUUAUGGUGUGGCUUGCUAUAUAUUACCUUAAUGCUAUAUCAAAAGCGUACAAAAAUGCCAACAUUGAAUUCAAGAAGAAGAUGCAGAGGAAACGUGAAGAAGAAAAAAGCAAAAGAAACAACACAAGCACAACUAAUGAAAUAAUGAAAGAUUUGGAAGAACUGCUCCCUCCCAAUGUGAGGUAUGGGAUUCAACAGGAGAACAAGGAAAAAGAUCAAAAACCUAUUACAACUAACACGAAGCCUGAACCAGCUAACAACAUCUCGAACAUAAAGUCUACCAAACACUCAUUAUCUAUACCAUCGGGUCCACGUCUGACCAUUACCAAACCACCAGGACAAAAGUCUUUACCACCUACUACCCGGAAGCUCACCACUAGUUCUGUAAAACCUUAG